CCGGCGUAGGUUCAGUUAGCAGCAGUACGCACAGUGAGAAGCACGACCAUGGCUGAUAUCUCGAACGAAGAACUUCGCAAGGAGAUCACCGCUAUCCUUAAGGAUGCUGACCUCACCACAAUGUCUGCUAAAAAAGUCAGGCUACAAAUUGAAGGAAAACUCGACAUAGACCUUACAGAAAGGAAGAAGGAAGUAGACAGUUUGGUCAUGGAGUGUUUACAAGAGAAGCAAGAUGGAGCAAAGAAGAAGAAGAAGACUGCUAGCGAAGAAUCUGAAGAUGGAGAGGAAGAGGAGGAGGAAGCAUCAGAAGAAGAAGAGGAGGAAGAAGAAAAAAAGCCUGCUAAACGAAGUCCUGCAAAGAAACCUGUAAACAAACGUAAAAAGGGAUCUUCUGACGACGAAGAAAGCGCUAGUGACGACGACGCUAGCGACGAAGAAUAUAGUCCAAAGAAACCUAAAGUUACACCCAAAAAAAGUAAGCCUGGUAAGAAAGGAAAGAAGAAGGGUAGCGACAGUGACAGUGACGAAGAUUGGGGUAAAAACAAGAAAGCUCAAGGAGGCGGUGGUGCAAAGAAGGGUGGUGGUAAAGGUAAGGGUGGCUACACUCGUGCGAUUACACUGUCUCCAGAACUUGCCGCCGUUGUUGGAGCCGAGCAAAUGGCCCGACACGAAGUCGUAAAGAAGGUCUGGAGCAUUAUUAAGGAGAGGAAUCUUUAUGAUCCUAAGAAUAAGCAGUUCGCAAUCUGCGACGAUGAAUUAAUGAAAGUAAUUGGAGUAAAACGUUUCAGAACUUUUGGUAUGAUGAAAUACCUCAAAAAUCACUUUGUAGAUUAAAUCACCCCUGAGCCACGAUCUCUGACAGGUUAUAAACAUUGUAUAACAUAUUCCAAGGUGCAAAGUGCAUCUCUCCAUCUUUCUCACACAAAACAUACAUAAAUACAUAUACAUACAAACACACAGACACAUAUUGCGACUUAAGACUUUAGCCAUGUUUUACGCCAUUCCGAUACACUCUGUCGUCCAUGGUAGUUACUUCUUUUCGUGUAACGUUCGCAAUGUAGCAUCUUAAGUUAUGGGCAUUAUGAAAAACACGGGCUCCGCGAAACAUUGCCGAAGGUAGCCUUAAAGUAAUGCGUUUGCAAAUGAUGACCCACGAGUGCGAAUUCGUGUGAAUUCGAUUAACGCCGGAACCACAUGAACGGGAGAGGAGGAGGGGUAAUACCAUGGACGAUUGGAUGAUUUGAAAAUAUGGAAAUAAUUAAAAUGGCCGAUAGUCACUAAGCCGGUUUUAAGUCAACGUAUUCAGAAUUUAUGUGUUUAUCGUUUGCCAGGUGGUUUUCACGAACCACCUCUUCUCACCAAGUAUGAAAAUACGGUGUGCCCCACUGUGGCAGUGAAAUAGAAACAACAAAAAAUAUGCUCGGAAUUAUAAGGUGGUUAUACUUAAUUUUAUUGCGUGACUUUAAUUUGGACGAACGAAUGGAAAAUAUAUUGAAAUCGAUUGUUUCCUAUGAUUAUGUAUUCUCGUUUUGUUUGUAUCGAAACCCAAAUUUCAGGCGAAUCCUAAAAGUGCUGCCCAAGCAUCACACGAUAUUUUCAUUCUGUUUUGUUUUAACGUGGAUUGCAUUUUUCGACAAUGGAUGUAACAGGAGGGAAAAGGGCAAAUAAUUUUGUCACCCAACAAGGGAGAACGAAGUUAGAAAAUGUGCGGUAUAAAAAAAAAAAAGAAAUAAAGAGAAAUACGAUGCGAAAAAUCAAUAUUCUGUACCUCUUCUGUAUAAUAGCUACAUUAUACACUGAAAUUAUUACUAAGCGAAAUUUAAUUGUAUUAUCGUGUAAUUACUAAUUAUUGUCGUAAUAUAGGUUUCUUGGUGUAAAAAAUUGACCUAACUCUUAAGAUGUAAUGGUAAAGUGAUGUAUUCAGUGAAGAUACGACCGAUGUAUGCAUAUUAAAAGAAGUCACAGUAUGUGCAGCAUUGCGCAACCGUUGAAUUGUAGAAAAUAAGAUAGGUUCAUGAUGGUGCGAGGUACGGAAUUAAUCCCGAUCGAGGAUAUCUAUGAGCCUCGUUGUAUGGAAAAGUUCGUGUAUUUUGAAUAUAAAUUAAUGAAUGCUGGCCUAAAUUGAUGAAAGCCACAAAGAAGAAAUAAUUUGAAACAUUUGAUGAUAACAAAAAAUGGAGGAAGACUACAGUAUGGGUAAAAAACGACACGGAAUGACAAGUUAUAAUACCAAUUUGUUUUUUUUUUUUUUAAAGGAAAAGAUGUGCGGUUUGUGCCCUGAUAUUCCGUGGAUGUAUUUGAGAACGUCAUUAAAAGAUACUGCUUUCAUUUUUUUUAAUA